UGAUUGGCUUUCUGAAUCUCUGUGCAGACGUGUCUGCUUCGUGGCUCAUCGGUUUUUUUGCACCUGUUAUCGAAUGCCUGCUUGAGUAUCUCGGAAAUAUGCUCUUGCUCUUGCCCUUUGUUCUUUGCCUCAGCAGGUAUGCUGUGGCAAGUCCCCCGGUCAAGGUCUCUCUCAGAACUUCAUGGCCUGCGCCGCCAUUUCUAGUAGAAAUUAUUGAAACCGUCUCAUUAGAAAACUCCAAAGCUUUCUUUCCUUUCCUCGACCGUGUCACAGACCCGGAUGUGGUUAUUAUCACACCAAAUGAAGCCCCCGAAGCUAUCUAUUCGUCUUCCCUGGAAGUCGCAAAGAAUAUGGGAUUGUUCUCAGAAUCAGGAGCCCUGGCCUUCGUUGAAAUGAGUCUUGCUCUCCAUGCUGCUACGCCUAAAAUCGAGGCGUUCUAUCAUCAUUACACGGAGACUGUCGAACAGUCUGCGCGUCGUAAGGAAUGCGGGUCAUGGGUAGACUGGUAUGGGUCUGUGGUCUGUGAUGUGGAAUCGUUGGCACAGCUUGCCGGGUUAGAUACGAUAGAUUCGAUGGAAAACUAUUCUUCAAAUUAUACGAGACCCAAGAUUCUACCAUUCGACCACAUUUAUCCACCUCCAGAUAGUCGAUUAGAAACUCCACCACGCACCGCGAUCCUAUAUGCCUCAUUGGCCUCUCCGAACUUUCGUGAACUUCAUACGUACUUGAUGAGGUUGACAAGUCAUGCAGAACAUCGUAUCGAGUACAUCCUUAGACACGUCCCGCCCGAAAAUCUUGACACAUCCAAACGGAGUUAUCUUUCCGGAUACAGUGUUGCUCUUGACCUGAAAAAGAUGGACUACCUUGCAUUGGACGAUAGACACCUUGGGACACAACGGGACGAUCCUUCCCUCUCGGAUGAUCAGGAUGUCGAGGCUCCCGUCGUUGAUCCCAUAUUCUCACUCCUUGACGGCUACCCAGAAAAUUCUACUGCGCCUGAUGCCAAUACCCCUCCUACAGAAGAUGAACUCCAUACCAUCGGUUUCCAAGCAUCCCAACUCAUCAUGGACUCUUCCAAUCCUCUUCUCACCCUCAUGCAUCUUUCGCAAAACUUUCCUAAAUACGUAACGACCCUUGCACGUCGUGUUUCUGUCAAUGAAGACCUUGCACAGGAGGUGCAUGAGAACCAAUUGCGGGUUCAGGGCGGUGCCAACGCUAUGUGGAUCAACGGAGUUUCGGUGGCGGAAAAAGACCUGAACGCGUUCGGCUUGUCGCGGUUGUUGAAAAAGGAACGAGGUAUUAUGAUGCAGUUGACAGGCUUGGAUCUUGAAAGGGGGGAGGCGAUAGAACUACUUACUCAUCCUAUACUUUCUGCCGCUCAAGACAGCAAGGAUGUUUUGGAUGGGUUAGUUGAUGCUAGUGACCGGGCUGAAGGUGGAGAUGUUAUCAUAUGGUGGAAUGAUCUUGAGAAAGAUAAAAGGUAUAAUCAGUGGGGUGCCUCAAUAACCGGUUUAUUGCGACCUCUAUACCCCGGACAAUUCCACAUGUUGAAACUCAACCUGUUCAAUGUGGUUCUCGUUCUCGACUUGUCUCGCCCAGCAAAUUUAGUAUUUGUCGCCGGGACUAUGCAUAGUAUCAUCGAGAGAGGAUUCCCAUUCCAUUUUGGUGUUGUGCCCAUUGUGGAGACGGAAGACGGUGCUCGAAUGGCGAGAUUGGUCUACUUUCUGUUGAACAACUUUGGCCGCAAAAUUACCAUGAAUUUCUUAAAACGAGUGGCUCAUCCAUUUACUAUGCCUGGUGCUCAGGGAUCUCUCCAAUGGUCCAAUGUUCGCCAUGAAUACGAUGGUUUCAUGGUUGCUGAAGCUAAUGCCGGUGCAACAACCGACCAAACGUCUGUCGACUUUGAAUCCGUAGUUUCCGGAACAAAUUCUAUAUUCAAGUCCUUAGAUGGUGUGCAAGCCUACACUAAUCGUUUGAGUGCCACUUUAUCUGUGUUUCCUUCCGGGCAUGGAUUCAUCAAUGGGAAACAUUUCGCAUUUGAUGAGAGCUUCCUUCGCAAUAUGCAAACAGAAAUCAGUCGGCAACUAAUGCAUUUGCAGGAAGAGAUAUAUGAAGGUCACCUGACAGAGGAAGACAAUGGGAGAAUAUCCAGCUACUUUUUCGAUCUCCCGACAACUGCACGAAGAAGGAACAAAUAUAUCGUUCCUUCCAAGGAAAACCUUGACAUCAUCAGUCUUCCGGAACUUCAAAAAGAUUCAAGCUCUAUUUUCGCACCAUCGUCCUUCGUAUAUCCUACAGAAGCAGAAGUUAUCCCAAUGACUUUGUUUGUCUUAGCAGACUUGAAUGCUAAGGAUGGUCUUGACUUUGUGAAGGAAGCACUGCUGUCUAUGGAGAAAAACUCGACCGCACGUCUGGGGUUUGUACAUAAUCCUGCGACCGAAGGAUUUUCUCAAGGGGUGUCCAUAUCAUCUAUCUUUGCUCAUCUCGUAGACCACAAGCAGUUAUCAAAAACUUCUCCGGAAGAGCUUCUCCAGGCCCUCAACGGCGGUCAACACGCAUCUGAAGUAGACGAGUCGAACACACAAGUGCCAUUCUCCACAGUCAGGGCGCUAAAAAAUGCCCUGAAACUUGACCACCUGGACAAUCACAAACCCAAUGAGCAAUCUGGCUUCUUGGACGCGUGUCAGUGGUUCGUUCGUUCCAUUGGGGUUGAGCCAGGUCAAAACGGGAUUGUGAUAAACGGGCGGAUCGUUGAGCCAAUAAUCCCUAACGAAUUUCUGGCGGCUGAUUUCCAGGCUUUACAAGAGUACGAGUUACUGAAACGUAUUCAGCCAGUCCUCUCGGCAUUGGAAGAUAUUCGUCCUGGAUUCAAAAGUCUUGAUCGCGCGACGAUUACUCAUAUCGUCUCAAUGGCCUCGUCGAUCAUCUCCGCAAUCCAAGUGCCAGAUCCUAGUGAAGUCGGCCUCUUCGAUGCUCCUCGAAGACCACGUAACCGGAACUAUCAGACGCUAGAAACCAAGCAUACGUUAUUCGAAGUUGGCGACAAUUCCACAGCUUUAUAUCAGGUGGCAGUCAUAGUAGACCCUCUCAGCGAGACCGCUCAGAAAUGGUCUAGUCUUUUGCAGUGGAUAUCACAUAUUCCCGACACCUACCUAGAAAUCCGCCUGAAUCCUACUCAAUAUGGCGAGGUUCCCCUGAAAAGGUUUUUCAGAUAUAAUCUGCGAAGUUCGCUAUCGUUUGACGAGACUGGGCAGGAAGUGUCUUCUCAGACUGUAUUCGAAAAUUUGCCUCUCGAGCCAAUUUACACGUUGGCUAUGGACGUGCCCUCUUCUUGGCUCGUUCGACCUCGUGAAGCAAUGUACGAUCUUGACAACAUCCAAUUGGGAAGCCUUGCUCCUGAAGACUUCAGCGUCGACACUAUCUUCGAUCUAGACUACAUCGUUGUUGAAGGCCACGCCCGAGAUACCACAACACAAUCCCCUCCGCGUGGCGUACAGAUACAGCUUGUCAGUGGCUCCAUGCCAAUCGACGACACACAGGUCGUAGCCAACCUUGGAUAUUUCCAAUUCAAGACGAAACCUGGGGUUUUCAAGCUUGAGAUUCGAGAGGGCCGAGGCAGGGACAUCUUUGUAACGGAAAGUGUGGGGAAUGAAGGAUGGAACAGUCCGUCCGUGGAUGAAGUUGGCAACGAGAUUACGGUCACUAGUUUCGAGGGUCAGACCCUUUAUCCCCGGUUCUCCAGGCUUCCGGGUAUGGAACGGGAGGACGUGCUCGCCGAAGAGGAGGAAGAGGAGUCUUCUAGUGUCUUUGAGAGCAUGUUUGCCAGUGUGAAAUCCUUAUUCGGGACUUCUGAGGAAACUGGAAUCGUUGAGACUGCCGAUGAACAAGCGGACAUUAACAUCUUUACAGUUGCUUCAGGACUUCUCUACGAGCGGUUCGUGGGCAUCAUGAUUUUGAGUGUUCUACGAAAUACGAAGAGCACAGUGAAGUUCUGGUUUAUUGAGAACUUCCUCUCUCCUUCGUUCUUGGAAUUUAUCCCCCAUCUGGCCGAGGCUUAUAACUUCAAGUAUGAACUCGUCACUUACAAAUGGCCAUCGUGGCUGCGUGCACAGAAAGAAAAGCAGAGGAUCAUCUGGGCGUACAAGAUUCUUUUCCUGGACGUUCUCUUCCCUAUGGACCUGAAGAAAGUCAUAUUUGUUGACGCUGACCAGAUUGUCCGAGCAGACCUGCAGGAGCUCGUCGAUUUGGACCUUCAUGGCGCUCCAUAUGGAUAUACUCCAAUGGGGGACGAUAACGAAGCGAUGGAAGGUUUCAGGUUCUGGAAAACCGGAUACUGGGCAGAUUUCUUGCAAGGAAGACCGUAUCAUAUUAGUGCCUUAUAUGUUGUGGACUUAGUGCGGUUCCGUCAGAUUGCAGCUGGAGAUAUUCUCCGGGGCUCUUACCAACAGUUGUCCAUGGAUCCGAACUCUUUGGCCAACUUAGACCAAGAUUUACCGAAUAACCUGCAGCGUGAAGUUCCAAUAUUUUCACUGGAUGAAGAUUGGCUAUGGUGUGAAACCUGGUGCAGCAAAGAUCGGCUUCAUCGAGCAAAAACGAUAGAUCUUUGCCAGAACCCACUGACGAAAGAACCAAAGCUCGCGCGUGCCAGACAAAUUCCAGAGUGGGAAGAAUACGAUUCUGAGAUAGCAAAGUUCGCUCGCAAAUUAUCGGAGGAAGGAAAAAUUCGCUCUCGUAUCGCCGCUGCAGAUGCUAACGCUCUCGCACGAACGGCUUCAGGAGCUGCUUCCCUGAGCCCUGAGAGCGACGGUCUUGACGAUGCAGAAAAGGAAGCUGAUGAGAAAAAACCCGAUCUUCGAGAUGAAUUGUAGACCUGAUCUAUUUAUUUAUACCACCAAGUGCUAUUGGUAUUGGUGCCCGUUUUCGAAUUGAAUAACAUACAGGGCAUUCAGAUCCAAGAUUCCAUUAUCUGUAUCAGCAACUCG